AGCAACUUUUCUCCACAGUGAAAUCAACUCCAAGGCACCAUGAAGACUCUGAUUCUCCUCUCCAUCUGUGCCCUUCUGUCAGUGUGCUGGUCCAUGGGAGCUUUUGAGCCAGAGGUUUCCGACGACUCCGCCGCCGACACAGCAGCUGACGCUGCACCUGCUGACCUCGCUGACCCCGAUGACCCCGCUGACACUGCUGACCCUGCUGACCUUUUUGAGCCCGCUGCUUCCGCCGAUACCGCUGAUACCGCUGACCCUGCUGACCCCGCUGACCCUGCCACCGCCCUCGAUUCAUCCUCCUCUUCCUCAGACUCUUCCGCAUCUGACUCCAACUCCAGCUCCGACUCGUCUUCCUCCUCCUCUUCCUCGUCCUCCGAGUCUUCCGAAUCGUCUUCCUCCGAGUCCUCCUCCUCUGAGUCCAACUCCUCAGCAUCCGACUCCUCCGCCUCCGAUUCUUCCUCCGAUUCUUCAUCCUCCUCAUCUUCAUCCGAGUCAGCCAGCGUAGAGGCGUCUCCGGUGGUCAUGAAGAGAGACCUGGCUGCUGUUCUCCUGAGGAGGAGAAGAGCUGCCCAAGCAGGAGUCCUCACCCCCUUGCAGCUGGAAAGCCUGAGUGAGGUGUGUGAGCUGAACAUUGGCUGCGGCGAGAUGGCCGAGACCGCGGGCAUCGUCGCCGCAUACGUGGCCUACUACGGACCCGUUCCCUUCUAAGAUGAAGACACCAGAAUAUUUUUUUUUCUGCCAGGUUGUCACAGAACAGUGCAGCAACUCCCCUAAAUCCAGGCAAGGAGAAGAUCAAUCCCAAACCCCCGCUUAAAAUGAAAAAAGUUUUGGCCCAUGUUAUGUUAUGAUGCUGGAUGGAUAUCUUUUUAAAGGCACAAGUGAACGGCUUUAAUGGUUGUGUAUGAGAAGGCCUCUACAGGCUUUCAGAGAGAGGCACAUGGAAACGUAAGCCUGUGAAGUAUGUAGUUGCCCUCCCGAGAUUAUAUUAUUCUCUACGUCCAUAGUCUAAUGAAUGGUGCUACAAGUGAAGAUGACGUGUAUAUUAAUGUAUUGGUGUUUGUUUAUUUCUUCAACUAGAAGUAUAGUUCUAGUAAGUAGUGGAUGUAGUAAUGAGGUACUUUGGUUUUAGUAGGAGUGUAUUGGUAGUGAUAAUGUACAGUGUGUGUAGAAUGCAUAUCAGUUAUCUGUAAAGACUGUAACCACAAAUUGUCUUUAGAUUUGAAAAAUAAUAAAUUAUUUUGUUUUGUGAAA